UUUAGUAUUUACUUGUUAAAGUUUAGUAGGUAUGUUUUUUGUUUAAUUAUUAUAAAUUUAAAAAUAUUAAAUAUGGAAAAUACUAUUACCGUCAAUGAUGUGGAUACUGAUUUUUUACCAUUAAUUCACGAUAUAAUAAAAAGCGGUGAAAGAGAAAAUCAUGAGCCUCAAAAAUCAGCCCAAGAAAUAUCUCAAAAAAUACAAGAUUUACAAAAAAAAAUUGAUCAAGCUCGAAGUGAUAUUCGCAAAUUACCAGGAAUUCAAUAUAACAGUGAGCAACAGUUAAAAGCUAUGGAUGAUCUCCGUCAAUCUUUGCAAAUGAAAAGACAACUAUUAUUAAAAUAUAGACAUAUGUAUUCAUUUGAUGUACCUAAGUAUUAAGAUAUUAUAAUUAAUGUGUUUAUGUAAUUCGUGUUUCAUAUUAUUUAAGAACAUAAUUAGUUAUUAAAAUUUCACUUUUUCUUACUUAUGUAAACAUUACAGGAUAUAAAAAUAAAUAAACAUAAGUAUUUU